AUGUUCCUGGGAUGGCUGAUGGGACAGCCGAGCGCUCUGCGCACCCUGGCAGUGGAGAGCCCUGCAGCGAUCGCGGCGCCACCUCUGCGCCACCUGCGCCACUUAGUAAUGGCGGCCGACCAUUUCGACGCGGCGGCGGUAGUGGCUGUCUGCCAGCUCCGCGGUCUGCGCACGCUCAAGCUCGCUUCCAAGGACAACCCCAAGGGGCAUGACAUCGAGUGCGCAGCGCUGGCGCUGGGCGCCAUGUCAUCACUGACAGAUGUGGCCAUCGAGGACGUCUGCCCGGCAGGGAUCGAGCUUCCCUACGGCUGCAGACUGCACGUCUUUGGCCGUCCCACAAGUCUCAACAAGAAGUGGUGGGCGGCUCCGAUGCGCGCCGGCCAGCUGAGGACCCUGUACCUCUUCCUGGAGGAAACCGAUCAGGAGCCAGCACUGGCGGCACAGCCGCGUAUUCUGGCGGGUGGUGGCUAUGCAACACUCUUUUGGGUCAGCACCCAUGUGGGAGGCGCAUCUCCGGUCGAGUUUGCCGCUCCGACGUUCGCAGCGCUGUCGGCUCUGUACCUGGAUGCCAGUACCGUGUGGAUCUACAUUGCGGCGACUGUGCGGCUGCGCGUACUGCACAUCGUGUCAGGGAACCUCAAGGUGAGCUGUGAGGACGCAGAGCUGCUGGCAGGGAUCCUGGAGGAGUUCAGCUGUGUGCAUCUCACAUGCACGGGCUGUGGAGUGGUGGACAUAGCGCUGGCGCUGGAGAGGGUGGGGAACCCGGUGAAAAGGGUGAAUGCACCGAUGGAUGAGGAUUACGAGGGUAUCUGCACGAGGCAGGGCCGCUUCUAUCGCCACGCUGACCCCUGGCCUUGCACAUGUGGUGCAUGCCUGCAGUGCUUGGAGUGAGAGAUUGGUCUCGGCCUCUGAGAUG